CUUGAUAAGGGGCGCUAGCCAAGAAGCAGCUCUUCGGAAGAGGUGGUGGUGGGAAAUAGUCAUUUCCUUUGUCACCUGGAUGGAGAGGAGGUCUUCAACAUACUCCACUCUGGACCGCAGAAUAAAAAGAAUUCUGUUUAGCAGCGAUCAUUAACUAAAAUCAUGGCAGCUGCCAGUAGUGAGGUGCACCAUCCUGUAGAUCCUGGAAUAUCAAAGCUGCAGUUUGCUCCUUUCAGUAGUGCCUUGGAUGCAGGAUUCUGGCAUGAACUAACACAGAAGAAACUCAAUGAGUACCGAUUGGAUGAGACCCCAAAAGUUAUCAAAGGAUACUACUAUAAUGGUGAUCCUUUGGGUUUGCCAGCUCGCUUGACAUUGGAGUUUAGUGCCUUUGAUAUGAAUGCUUCAAUACCAGCACAUUGCUGUCCUGCUUUCGGAACAUUGUAUAAUACCAACACUUUUGAGACUUUCAAAUCCUGUGAUAAGAAAUCAUUUCUGGAGAAAGAAGCAAAUGAGAUAUGGGAAUCCAUAAAAUCUGGAGCUGCUCUUGAAAACCCUCUGCUCUUGAACAGGUUCCUGCUGCUGACAUUCGCAGAUCUAAAAAAGUAUCAUUUCUAUUACUGGUUUUGCUACCCUGCUCUCUGCUUCCCUGAUGGAAUACAUAUAAUUCAGAAACCAGUGUGUCUUGGUGACAGAUUCACAUUAAGUCAGAUUCAAGCACUUCAGAAAGCAUAUGAUGAGCUUUGCCACAAAGAGGGGGUUACAGCUUUGCCUUAUUUUUUAAUCAAGUAUCAUGACAAUUCUGUCGUGAUAUCUCCACUGAAAAGGUGGGAUGGUUUCUUUCAAGACCAAGGGGGAAAGGUGGCAGUUGGAGUUUAUGAUCCAUGUAAUUUAUCCCACUAUCCAGGAUGGCCACUGAGAAAUUUCCUGAUCCUGGCAGCCCAUAAAUGGGGCAGCCUUCUCCAGUCAGUUGAAGUGCUCUGCUUCAGAGAUAGGACCAUGCAAGGGGUGAGAGACGUAACACACAGCAUUAUCUUUGAAAUAAAACUUCCAGAGAGAGCCCUUGGCCCAGAUUGUCCAAAAGCUGUUGGAUGGGAGAAGAACCAAAAGGGAGGCAUGGGUCCAAGGAUGGUGAAUCUCAGUGAAUGCAUGGAUCCAAAAAGGUUAGCAGAAUCAUCAGUGGAUCUUAAUUUGAAAUUGAUGUGCUGGCGGUUGGUGCCUACUCUUGAUUUGGAAAAAAUUGUGUCUGCCAAGUGUCUGCUGCUAGGAGCUGGUACACUGGGUUGUAGUGUUGCAAGGACUUUGAUGGGUUGGGGAGUCAGGAAGAUUACAUUUGUGGACAAUGCAAAGAUCUCUUACUCCAACCCAGUACGACAGCCACUGUAUGAGUUUGAAGACUGUCUUAGUGGGGGGAAGCCAAAGGCACUUGCAGCAGCAGACAGGCUACAGAAAAUCUUCCCAGGAGUGAGUUCAGAAGGCUAUAACAUGAGCAUCCCUAUGCCAGGCCACCCAGUGAAUUUUUCUGAAGUAACAAUGGCACAGGCUCGGAAGGAUGUGGCUAAACUUGAAGAGCUGAUUGAUGCUCAUGAUGUUGUUUUCCUACUAAUGGACACUAGAGAGAGUCGAUGGCUUCCUGCUGUCAUUGCAGCCAGCAAGAGGAAGUUGGUCAUCAAUGCUGCAUUGGGAUUUGACACAUUUGUUGUUAUGAGACACGGACUAAAGAAACCAAAACAGCAAGAAUCUGGUGAUUCAUGUUUCAACAAUGCCUCUGGUUCUUCUGAUCUUUUGGGAUCAUCACUCUUUUCAAAUAUCCCUGGCUAUAAACUGGGUUGCUACUUCUGCAAUGAUGUUGUGGCACCAGGAGAUUCCACCAGGGAUCGGACAUUGGAUCAGCAGUGCACAGUCAGUCGGCCUGGAUUAGCCAUGGUAGCUGGAGCUCUUGCAGUGGAAUUAAUGGUUUCUGUUUUACAACAUCCAGAAGGUGGUUAUGCUGUGGCCAGCAGUAGUGACGAUAGAAUGAAUGAGCCGCCUACUUCUCUUGGACUUGUUCCUCAUCAGAUCCGUGGAUUUUUAUCAAGAUUUGAUAAUGUUCUUCCAGUCAGCCUGGCAUUUGAUAAAUGCACAGCCUGUUCAACCAAAGUCCUUGACCAGUAUGAACGAGAAGGGUUUAAUUUCCUAGCUAAAGUUUUUAAUUCUUCACAUUCCUUCUUAGAAGACUUGACAGGUCUAACUUUAUUACACCAGGAGACACAGGCUGCUGAGAUCUGGGACAUGAGUGAUGAUGAAACAGUCUGAAAAUCAGCUGAAUAAGGUGGAAGAUGACCUACUUUGGACUGCAGCGCUGCCUUUUAUGUUAUUUGACAAGUUAAUGAUUGCUUGGCCAUUCUGACUGCUACAAAUACAAACAAAUAUAAUCCACAUUUUGACAUUAAUAUCUUCACCUUGAAAGCAGUCUGUUAUGGAUAUAACUCUCCACAUUUUCAUUUUUAUUAUGUAAAUAACUAAAGCAAUGUGGUUAUGUUUAAAUGUAAUCUUUUCUUUUUUUUUUUUUUGUUUCUAAAUAUGGCUUACAUAUAAAAUAUGCUGCUUAAGUAAACUUUGGUGUUUUAUUCAUCCCAGUUAUUUUGCUUGUCAAUGGACAUGUCCAAGCAGCAUGUCUGAAUGUCUUUUUUCAUCUUUCCCAGAUUUGUGCCCCUUUAGUUGGAAUUUAUUGUUAAGAUUGAGAAUAUUCUGCUAUUGGGAGUUAAACUGCAUCUUUAAAGGAGAGCAGGAGUAGGUAAGAACCUACACCUACUGCCUACACCACAUUGCUUGCUGUUUCAAAGUACAUAUUUAUAGUAAGUUCAUUUGUUCUUGCCUGUGUCAAUGAAGAUGUUAUUCUCUGUAAAGAUCUCAUAAUUUCAUGCUAUGAAAGAAAUGUGGUUUGACUUAUUUUUACACAGUAGAGACCAAAAAGCAUUGGUAUCAUGAUUAGGCUCCCCUGAAGUUUAGAGAAGGCUCUGAUAUGUAGUAAAAAUUGCUUUGGGGGGUGGAUCACUGAUUCAGCCAAAACUUGUAGAGAAGUGCUUAACUGAAAUAAGAAAUUGGUUCUCUAACUUUGC